AAAUAAAAUAAUACAAUGAUAAAAAAAAAAUUUUUUUUUUGAGUAUAUAAAUUGUAAGAAAAUUUUUGUUUAACAGCAAUUUCAGGUUUAAUUUUGAAGACUAUAUAAUCGAUUUCAGUAAUAUUAAAAGAUGAAAUUUUGCACCCCUGUAAUAUUGUGCGCUGGACUUUUUGUCUUUGCCAUCAAUGGUCAAGAAUGUGUAAACGAUGGUAAUCAAUGUGGCGACGAUCGCGUUUGCUGUGAGGGUCUCCAAUGCAAUGAUAGAUUAAAAUUAUGUGAACGAAGUGAUUGCAUGCGAGAGGGACAAUCGUGCAAUAGACGUAGUUGCUGUCGUGAUCUCAGAUGCAAUGAUGAUAGAAUAUGUGAGAGACCAUUACUCAGGAAACGAAGACAAGAGUGUCGAAGAGAGAAUCAAGAAUGUCGAGAUGAUGGACAAUGUUGUCGAGAUCUCAGAUGCAGUGUAAGAAAUAGAAGAUGUGAAAGACGAAGAGACGAAUGUCGAAGGGAGGGUCAAGAGUGUCGGGAUGAUGGACAAUGUUGUCGAGAUCUCAGAUGCAGUCUAAGAAAUAGAAGAUGUGAAAGACGAAGAGAUGAAUGUCGAAGAGAGGGUCAAGAAUGUCGGGAUGAUGGACAAUGUUGUCAGGAUCUCAGAUGCAGUGAAAGAAAUAGAAGAUGUGAAAGACGAAGAGAUGAGUGUCGAAGAGAGGGUCAAGAGUGUCGGAAUGAUGGACAAUGUUGUCAAGAUCUAAGAUGCAAUGAAAGAAAUAGAAGAUGUGAAAGACGAAGAGAUGAAUGUCGAAGAGAAGGUCAAGAAUGUCGUAAUGAUGGACAAUGUUGUCAGAAUCUGAGAUGUAAUGAACGAAACAGAAGAUGUGAAAGACGCAACAGUGAGGAUUGUCAACAAGAAGGACAAAAUUGCAGAAUUAGAAAUUGUUGUAGAGGUUUGAUGUGUAAUAAUGACCGUUGUGUUCGACGUGAUAAUUGUGGUUGGUUGGGAGAGAGGUGUCAAGAGAAUAGUCAAUGUUGCAGUCUUUUAAGAUGCGAUCGUAAUCAAAGGCGUUGUGUUUAAAGAAAUAAAAAAUCAUUUCUCAGCUUAAUUAAAUUUUUCCUUGGAUUCAACAGCUUACUUAAUCGUCGACGAAUAUUUGAUUAUGAAAAAUAUUUUAUCAUUGAUUGAUUGUUAUUUGUAACAGAAUUUGAAUAAUAGUAAAAAAAAAAAAGUAAAAUAAAUUAUGACUUUCUUGAAAAAUUUUAACAAGGA